GGCUCACCUUUGGAAGCUUGUAGCCGCUCUAGCCUCAGGUCCCAGCCCUCUUCCCGCCCCUCCCCUCCCCUAAACUCCCUUCUCCUUGGUGCUGCCAAACAUCUGGAUCACUCUGGGCACCAGGAGGGGUUGAAUUUCUACCAGUAACGCGCCUUUUUAAUUUUUUUUCUCGACCUCCUGCUCACAUCUGUAAAACCCACUGGUUUUUCUACCACACUUUUGAUAAGAACAAGACGUUUUCUAGGAAGAUGGUGGCAGAAAAAGAGACCCUGACCUUAAACAAAUGCCCAGACAAGAUGCCGAAGAGGACCAAGCUGCUGCCACAACAGCCGCUCCCGGUGCACCAGCCUCAUUCCCUGGUUUCUGAGGGCUUCACAGUCAAAGCCAUGAUGAAAAACUCAGUCGUACGGGGCCCUCCAGCUGCAGGGGCAUUUAAAGAAAGGCCAACCAAGCCUACCGCAUUCCGAAAAUUUUAUGAGCGAGGAGACUUCCCAAUUGCCCUUGAGCAUGACUCGAAAGGAAACAAAAUUGCCUGGAAGGUGGAGAUUGAAAAGCUGGAUUACCACCACUACCUGCCUCUGUUUUUUGACGGGCUCUGCGAGAUGACAUUUCCCUAUGAGUUUUUUGCUCGGCAAGGAAUCCAUGACAUGCUGGAACACGGGGGCAGCAAGAUCCUACCUGUCAUCCCACAGCUCAUCAUCCCGAUAAAAAAUGCCUUGAACCUCCGGAACAGACAGGUCAUUUGUGUCACGCUCAAAGUCCUCCAGCAUCUGGUUGUGUCGGCUGAGAUGGUGGGCGAAGCCUUGGUGCCCUACUACCGUCAGAUUCUGCCAAUCCUGAACAUCUUUAAGAACAUGAAUGUGAACUCCGGGGAUGGCAUCGACUACAGCCAACAGAAGAGAGAGAACAUCGGUGACCUGAUCCAGGAGACCUUGGAAGCCUUCGAGCGCUACGGAGGGGAGGACGCCUUCAUCAACAUCAAGUACAUGGUACCCACCUACGAGUCGUGCUUGCUGAACUGACAGGGCAGCCUCCUCCCUCUGCGCCACAAUCAUGUCCCCCGCUGCCCCAGCAUCUCAUUACUUGUGACUUCUACAGCUCUCUCUGUCUACAGCUGCAAAUGUAGUGGCUCCUGGGCCACCAGACUGUUAGCCCUAUUGAGAGCAAGGCUUUCCGAAUACAUAAAUAGUGCCUGUUUCUUAGAUU